GGUCCCAGUGAGGCCAGAAUCGACUGCACAGACAACGGCGAUGGCUCGGCAACCGUAUCUUACUGGCCGACGGUACCUGGAGAGUACGCUGUUCACAUUCUCUGCAACGAAGAGAAUAUACCAAAGUCACCUUACAUAGUCCCAAUAGAACCAGACAUGGGUCGAUGUGAUCCAGAGAGGGCUAAAGCGUACGGUCCUGGCAUAAUGCCAACUGGUGUAGUCGCAGGUCAGCCUACGGAGUUCACCGUAGAUAUUCGAGACGCCGGUGGACCAGCACCACUUACCGUGGAGUGCCGAAACAAUGAAGGAGAACCGGUGCCCCUAAAAGUUCGAGAUAAUGGCGAUGGUACCUACACGUGCCUGUAUACACCAACGGUGCCAAAAAAGCAUACGGUUCUAGUUUCCUUCGGAGGAGUCAACAUACCACGGAGUCCCUUCAGAGUAGGUGCUUUUUUAUGA